AUGAAGUUCUUCCGCAAGGACCCCUGCGUGGAGAACUACCAGCUCGGCCGCGUGCUCGGCCAGGGCUCCUUCGCGACGGUGAAGCGCGCGACGGACAAGAAGGACAAGUCCGUCUGGGCCGUGAAGAUCAUCCGCAAGAAGGCCCUGGGGCCCGAGGACCAGGAGGCGCUGGAGAAGGAGGUGUCCAUCAUGCAGGAGCUGAGCGCGCUCAAGCACCCCCACAUCGUCUACCUCAAGGAGGUCUACGACUCCGCGGACAACUUCUACAUGGUCAUGGAGCUCUGCCAGGGCGGCGAGGUCUUCGACCGCAUCGUCAAGAAGGAGAAGUACACGGAGGUCGAGGCGCGGGACGCCCUCAAACAGAUCGUCGAGGCCAUCCGCGUCUGCCACAGCCGCGGCAUCGUGCACCGCGACCUCAAGCCCGAGAACCUGCUCUACGUCUCCCCCGAGAGCGACGAGAUCAAGCUCGCGGACUUUGGGCUGGCGAACAUCCUGCAGCCCAACAGCGCCCUGGCGACGGCCUGCGGCACGCCGGGCUACGUCGCGCCCGAGGUCAUCGGCUCCGCGGGCUACAACAAGGAGGUCGACAUCUGGAGCCUCGGCGUCAUCGCCUACAUCCUGCUCUGCGGCUUCCCGCCCUUCUACGACGAGAACCAGGGCAAGCUCUUCAAGAAGAUCCAGCGCUGCCAGUACACGUUCACGCGGCCCUACUGGGACCAGGUCUCCGACGGCGCGAAGAAGAUGAUCACGACGAUGCUCGUCGUGGACCCGGCGAAGCGCGCGACGGCCCAGGGCGUGCUCGACGACCCCUGGAUGGCCGCCGACGGCGGCGCCAAGGACGCCAAGGACGCCGAAGGGGCGCGCCACCUCGACGGCUUCCGCGAGAACAUGGCCCGCUACAACGCGCGACGGAAGUUCAAGGCGGGCAUCAUGUCCAUGCAGAUCGUCUCCUUCCUCCAGAACGGCGCCCUCCACAGCGCCACGCUGCGCGCCAAGGCCGAGAAGGCCGCCGAGGACGCGGCGCCGGAGGCCGCGCCCAAGGAGGCCUAG